AAACACAUGAAGCGCCAACUAAAAGCUGCAGAGACACGGACACAGUCAUAUGUUUAUAUGUAUUUAUAUAAAUUCGUUUUGCAUUCCACCAAAUAAAAUUUAAAGCCUGAAAAGCACUGACUCUUUUCAUUUCUCAAGACAUUGGAAAAUCUCUCUCUCUCUCAUCAGUUUUUUUUCUCUGGAAAUAGUUUUGUUUUUUUUUUUGUGUGUGUGUUUUAGAGAGAAACAGAGAGAAAGAGUGGCAAAUGGGUAGCUACCGGAUGUGCGUGUGUUUCACGAGGAAGUACAGGAUCACGGAGGCAGAACCACCUUUAGAUGUGAAGGAGGCAUUCAACAAGUACACGGAUGGUGGGACCCACAUGAACGCCGAUCAGCUGCGGCGGUUCCUGGUGGAGGUCCAGAAGGAGGAGGGCGGCGGAGGAGGCGCGUCGCUUCCAGACGUCGAGCGGAUCGUGGAGCAGGUUCUGCAUAAGCGCCACCACAUUGCCAAGUUCACAAGGCAUUCUCUCACCCUCGAUGACUUCCACCGUUACUUGUUCUCUGCGGAUUUCAAUCCCCCUAUCAGAGAUCAGGUUCAUCAGGAUAUGACGGCUCCAUUGUCGCAUUAUUUCAUAUACACCGGCCAUAAUUCAUAUCUGACAGGAAAUCAACUCAGCAGUGACUGCAGUGAUGUUCCAAUCAUAAAGGCACUGAAAAGAGGUGUAAGAGUAGUGGAGCUUGAUAUUUGGCCAAAUUCUUCGAAAGACAAUGUGCAUGUUCUUCAUGGAAGGACCCUGACAACUCCUGUGGAACUAAUUAAAUGCCUAAAAUCCAUUAAAGAACAUGCUUUUUCUGCUUCUCCAUACCCUGUAAUCAUAACCCUUGAAGACCACCUUACCCCAGAUCUUCAAGCUAAAGUAGCUGAGAUGAUUGCUCAAACAUUUGGGGAUAUCUUGUAUUAUCCUGAAGAGACUGAAUGUCUGAAAGAGUUCCCAUCACCAGAAGAUAUGAAAUAUCGAAUUAUUAUUUCGACUAAACCUCCAAAGGAGUAUCUUAAGGCUAAAACUAUCAAAGAAACAGGUGCCAAAUCAAAAAGGCGAAAAGAUUCAGUUGAAGAUGUAUGGGGGUUGGAGCCAACAGAGCUUAUAAAUGAACAAGAAGCAGAUGAUGAAUUGAGUGAUAGUGAUACAAGUGAACAAAAUCAGGACACUGAAUAUAACAACUGUGGUCUUGGAGGAUGCCUACCAGGAGCUCCUGCUUACAAGCGUCUUAUUGCUAUUCAUGCUGGAAAACCCAAAGGUGGUCUAAAGGAGGCACUAAAAAUUGAAACUGAUAAAGUUAGACGCCUAAGCUUAAGCGAACAACGACUUGAAAAGGCUACUAUAAAUCAUGGAACAGAUGUUGUUAGGUUCACCCAAAAGAAUUUCUUAAGGAUUUAUCCUAAGGGCACUCGAUUCGACUCUUCCAACUACAAGCCGUUAAUUGGUUGGUCACAUGGUGCUCAAAUGGUUGCAUUUAAUAUGCAGGGAUAUGGUAAAUCUCUUUGGCUGAUGCACGGGAUGUUCAGAGCAAAUGGGGGUUGUGGUUAUGUGAAGAAGCCUGAUUUUUUGAUGAAAGAGGGUCCGGAUAAACAGGUUUUUGAUCCUAAAGCGAAACGUCCAGUGAAGAAGACUUUAAAGGUGAAAAUUUAUAUGGGAGAUGGAUGGCAUUUGGAUUUUAAACACACUCACUUCGACUUAUAUUCGCCACCAGAUUUCUACACUAGAGUGGGCAUAGCAGGAGUGCCAGAAGAUGAAAAAAUGAAGAAAACGAAAAAAAUAGAAGACGACUGGACGCCCGUUUGGGAUGAAGAAUUUACAUUUCCACUGACUGUUCCAGAACUGGCUUUGCUUCGUAUUGAGGUACACGAGUAUGACAUGUCCGAGAAGGAUGAUUUUGCUGGCCAGACUUGUUUGCCAGUUUCCGAGUUAAAGCAAGGCAUUCGGGCAGUCCCACUCUUUAACCAUAAAGGAGAGAAGUACAACUCAGCAAGGCUCCUUAUGAGAUUUGAUUUUGUCUAAGUGUUAUGGUUUUGUCUAUGCAUUUAGCUUACUUUCAUGUUCCAGCUUCCACAUUAUGCCUCAACUCUUGCCUUGUAACGUAGUCAUCUUUGUCGAAAACUAGAAAAUAUAUUUUGUUAUGGUAAUUGCCAAUAAUGAUAGAAGCCCAUUUUUGCAAA